AUGGAGGGAGACGAGGGUAAAGCGAUGAAGAGGAAGGCGAUGGAGUGGAAGAAACUUGUAGUUGAGGCCACCAGUAAAGGCAGGUUGGUCUCCAGGGAAUUAAUGGAGAAUGUUGCCGAAAUCUUCUUUUGCAAAAUCAUGUAUUUUGCUUCUGGGAAUAAGGCUUUUCAAGCUUCGGUUUUCUUCUUCGAACCAUUCGAAGCUCUGGAACACGAUGUUUUCGAAGUGAUCAAGCCCAUGUUUCAACACGUGUAUGCCAUUGGCCCCCUCCAAAUGCUGCUCAACUCGGCUUCCACUGGCACCGGUGAUCAUCUCGAAUCAGUUUCCUUCAAUCAACGCCGGGACGGAAUCCGUUGCCUGGAAUGGCUCGACUCCAUGAAACCCAAUUCAGUUGUAUACAUAAGCUUUGGUGAUCUUGCGGUCAUGACCCCGCAGCAACUAUGUGAGUUUGCUUGGGGCAUUUGCAAUGGAAACCAGCCAUUUCUUUGGAUAAUUACACCAGAUUUCGCCAAGGGCCAAUUGGCAACUCUGCCACUUGAGUUCCUGGAAAAGACUAAUGAAAGGGGUCUGAUAGCCACAUGGGGUCCCCAGGAGCAAGUUCUUGCCCACCCUUCUGUGGGAGUGUUCGUGAGUCAUUUUUGA